UUUGAACGUGCUCCACAAUUUUUUCAGGAAUUUGCAGAUUUACCUUAGAAGCACGAUAUUGAAUAAAAUGGCUUGUUAAGAUCUUCAUUCAACAUGGCAACUUCAAACUGUGAAGCGUUUCCCAGUGCUAUUGGCGGUGUGUCCAGUCUCAUUGAAGACGAGAAGUUCGAUUUUGACGUGCCACUCUCGCCAAUUGAUUUUGAUGUUCGAGAGAUUAAUGCCGAUGAAGAAGAUGAGGAUGAAGUCUUCUUUGGUCCUGUGGGUCACAGAGAAAGAUGUGUUACUGUUAACAGUGGUGUUCAAGAUGAUGAAAAAUUUAAGCCCUUGAGUCCCCUCAAUGGUGAACAAAUUGCAGAACUGUUUAAAGAAGCCACUGCAGUGUCAAUAUUCAUCAAAAAUUCUUCCUUAACCCAGAAUAAUGAUAAUAUGACAGAUGAAAAAGAGAAUCGUGAUAUAUGUAAGCUUUUAUCACAAACAUUUACUGUCCAAGAUGAUAAAAAAGCUGUGUCAGCUGAAAGAGAUCUAGAAAAUGACCAAAGAACUACAAAAUCUGCUUCUUCCCCUGAGUCGGCAAGCAGUAUUUCACCACAGUCAACAGAAUUUCCAGAUGACAUGAACUUCCCUGUUACUCCAAGGAGAAUUUUGCAAGAAAGCAACACCCAAAGUGGAGUGUUUCAGUCACCCUUCAAAGCACGAAAAGCACGUCCUUUGCAAAAUACUUCUAAGUUUGCUCAAUCCAAGCUUCCCACAACACAGAUGACUCUGAAGACUCGUAGUUGUUUUAAUUCUCCUAUAAAAGUAGAACAUCUGUAUGGUCUGAGACGGAAAACUGGUGGUUCAGAGAAUGAAAAGAUUCCACAAGUUUCACAAAGUGGAAUAAAACCUCCAGGAUUUGGUUGUCAGCCAAGACGACGUCGCACAAGUUCAUCUUCCUCUGUGUCUUCCACUUCUAGUGCUGUAUCAGUUCAAUCAAGUGACAUGAAUGAGACUUUUGUCAUCUCCAAAGGUUCUUCUUCUGACAUUUCAUCUAUUCCAACUGUCUGUGCACGCAAAGUUCCAGUUACUAAGGCCUGCUUGAAGCCAGUAAAUGGAAAUAGUGCAUUGACAAAGCCUACCUUUUCCAGGCCUAAAGGACGACCUCAGCCAGUGAAAGCACUUCCACAGCCAGUCACUCACAGCAAGAAAGCUCCACCAACACCAACUGAUGUUCUGAAAUCAAAGAAGGUGCCUGGCCACACUCCUGGGCGUCGCUGGAGUGGAAUGUGCUCUGAGCAAAUGGUCACCAGGUCACAAACACCCAAUAGCAUACAGAGGUCCAAGUCAUUUAAUACACCUGUAAGGCAAAGUAGGAGUAACACUCCAACAGGCCAGGCUGUUAGACAGGCACAAACUCCCACUAAAGGGAAAAGCAUGACAGUGCCUUUGACUCCAAGGAGAAGAGGUAGUGUCACACCAAGGGCUAGUACCUCAAAAGUCCAAACAUCUGUGCAAAGGCGCAAAAGUGGUACAACAGCAGCUGUAUCCUCAAAGGCUCACAACAAGAAUGCCCCCCUACCAUCUACACCUGAAAAUGCAUGUUAUGCAUCCACUGAUAAUGUUACUCCACCAAAUCCAGCUUCCAGCAAUGUUUCAAAAAGAAAGUCACUGAGUGCAAAUGGCCAAAAAAGACGCUCUCUUCUGCCAACUCCUUUGAAAAACAGGAUCACUAGAUCCCAGUCACAGAAGUCUAGAUCAAUCAGCAUCAACAAUGAGCCUCCUGGUUCCCUUUCAUUCAGCUCCUCUCCAUCAGCUGAAGUUAAACCAAGGAGUUCUGCCUCAAAACCAGACCCAAAUCUGCAACUAUCACACUCUAACACAAGAUUAUCCGAUCCAUUUUCUCCAGCUUCCCAGUUUGUUUCCAUCGAUCCGAAAAGUGUGAACACUAGUGACCAUUCAGUUGCUGGAAAUUUGAUUGAAUGGUCACCUGCUGUCGCCAGGGAAGGAAAUCUUAUUGACAUAUGAAGAUAUCAGAGGAAUAUAUCUGGCAUUUAAAGGCCAGAUUAAGAGAAAGACCAGUUUUUCACAUACACCUGUACAGCAAACAGGACACAAUGCUAUUCCAAAGAAACUAAAUGUUAAUAAAAUGUGCACUUGUGAAAUUUUUUUCACAAGUUGUCAAAGGAAAUCACCUUAAUGAUUGUCAAACACAUGUAGCAUUGAGUUUUGUUGGGUAUGCAAUGUUUUACAUGUAUUGUUUUGUUAAAGGUACUAACUGGAUUUUGUCUUGACAUUAAUACUACUGAAUGUGCCUCACAUUGAGAUUAUAAAGUGUAUGAUCAUAACUUGGUACAGUGUAUAUCAUUCAAAAAUUUAACCAUGGAAAGUCACAAUGUAGCUGCUGCUGUCAUGAGCAUUCAAAAUUAAUAUUGUUGUGACACUUCAAGUGAACACUCCACUACAUCUGUGGUGCUGCAAGCUUGAUAUACUGGUAUGUUGAAGAAUUUUAGAGAUAAACCCUUUAACUCCCAAGAUCUGCUUGUUACUUCUCCUUACUUGCUGUUAUACAUUUCCUUGUAAAUUAGUUACAAGACUUUGUUGUUGGAACAAGAUAACAAUUUCUACCUGAUAAGUUUUGAGUAUUGUUUAUCAUCUGUUUGCUGGUUAAUGUAUGGAUAUUAUUGAGAGAGGUCAUGUUAUAAUUACUUCUUGGAGUCAAAGGGUUGACAGAUAUGCCAAAGGGCAUAGUUUUGAAUUUCCAAGCCUGUAUGUUUACAAAAGUAGGGAUUGUAAAAUAAACAAUAUAUUCAAUUUCA